GCUUGGUGCUGGUGGCCGUCGCUGCUGAAGGAGCCGGAGCUCUGGAGACGAGUCGCCCCUGCUGUUGCUGCUUCUACUACCCUCGCGGGGCCCAGCUCCCGAGGAAGGCGAGAUGCUGGGGAAAGGGGUGGGCGGCGGCAGCGGCUCCAAGGCGCCCAAGCCCUCCUUCGUAUCCUACGUACGCCCCGAGGAAAUACACACAAAUGAAAAGGAAGUAGCAGAGAAGGAAGUAACUCUUCACUUGUUACCAGGUGAACAACUGCUUUGUGAAGCCAGCACGGUACUUAAGUGUAUCCAGGAUGAUUCAGGUCAGCAUGGAAUCUGUGGGAAACUCGUUUGCACAGACUUCAAGAUUGCCUUCCUUGGAGAGGAAUCUACAUUGGAUGAUAAUGAGCCUCAAUUUAAGAAUAAGGUGAUAGGAGAAAAUGAUAUUACAUUGCACUGUGUUGACCAAAUUUAUGGAGUGUUUGAUGAGAAAAAGAAACCAUUGUUUGGACAAUUAAAGAAAUACCCUGAAAAGCUCAUCAUCCACUGCAAAGAUCUCCGAGUAUUUCACUUCUGUCUGAGGUACACAAAAGAAGAGGAAGUUAAAAGGAUUGUCAGUGGCAUAAUUCAUCAUACCCAGGCUCCUAAACUACUUAAACGAUUGUUUCUAUUUUCCUAUGCAACUGCUAAGCAAAACAGUACAGCCACAGGCCCCCCCCACCAAACUGUGAUGUUUGACACAAUUAAGGACUGGCAUUGGGAACUGGAGCGAACGAAAGGAAACAUAAAAUACAAAGCAGUAAAUGCCAAUGAAGACUAUAAAGUCUGUGAAAAACUGCCAGCCUACUUUGUUGUUCCUGUUUCUCUUCCUGAAGAGGACAUCUUAUGUUUUCAAGGACGAGGUAUACCUAUUUGGUGUUGGUCUUGCCAUAAUGGUUGUGCCCUUCUGAAAAUGUCAGCUUUCCCCAAAGAACAGGAUGAGUCCAAUUUACAAAUACAAAAAGCCUUCUUGGAUGGAAUUUACAAGACAAUCCACAACCCACCUUAUGAAACUUUAAAAACUGAGGACCUAUCAAACAGUUUCAUAUCCCUACAGGAAAUCCAGACCUCAUACUCUAAAUUUAAACAGCUGUUUCUAAUAGACAAUAGUUCUGAAUUUUGGGACACAGACGUGAAAUGGUUUUCAUUAUUGGAAAAUAGCAACUGGCUGGACAUUAUCAGACGCUGUCUGAAAAAAGCAAUAGAAGUAAUUGAAUGUCUGGAAGUACAAAACACAAAUGUUCUUCUCAUAGAGGAGAAUGCAUCUGACCUCUGCUGCAUAAUCUCCUCUCUGGUGCAAGUGAUGAUGGACCCAUACUGUAGAACCAGGUUUGGCUUUCAGAGUCUCAUCCAAAAGGAGUGGAUAAUGGGAGGGCACUGUUUCUUGGAUCGAUGCAACCAUCUACGCCAGAAUGAUAAGGAGGAGGUUCCUGUUUUCCUACUUUUCUUAGACUGUGUUUGGCAGUUGGUACAACAAUAUCCUCCAGCUUUUGAGUUCACGGAGACUUACUUGACUGUUUUGUCAGAUAGCCUGUACAUACCUAUCUUUAGUACUUUCUUCUUCAAUUCACCAUAUCAGAAAGAUGCUAAUGUGGGUAAGGAAAGCCAGGACUCACAAAACAAGCCUUUGAGUCUUCUAACCGUUUGGGAUUGGUCUGUGCAGUUCGAAUCUAAAGCUCAGAUUUUGCUCAACAAUCCUCUUUAUGUGGAAAAGCCAAAACCAGACAGAAACCCAAGGAGAGCACUACAUUUUAAACAUCAGCGACAGCUUUCUCUACCACUUAACCCAAAUAAAUCAUCUCCUAAAAGAGGAUUUUUUGAAACAGACCACUUAAUCAAGAACCUUCUAGGCAAGAGAAUUAGCAAACUAAUUAAUUCUUCUGAUGAACUUCAUGACAAUUUUCGAGAAUUCUAUGAUAACUGGCACAGCAAAAUUGUUGAUUAUCAUGGACUGUUGCUUCCUCACAUAGAAGGUCCAGAAAUCAAAGUUUGGGCCCAACGCUGCCUGCGUUGGAUUCCAGAAGCCCAGAUCCUGGGAGGUGGCCCAGUGGCCAUUAUGAACAAAGUCUUAGAAAUGAUGGAAGAGGUUCAGAGCUUGCAAAAGAAAAUUGAUGAGAAGCACAACAGCCUAAUGACCCCUCCUCUGGAUGGCCUGUCACUGCUAAGGAAGCCUGCCCGCCUGUCCUCUUUGUUUCCCUUUGCUUUGCUCCAGAGGCAUUCCUCCAAGCCAGUCUUGCCCACCAAUAGUUGGAAAACAUUGGGAGAUGAGGAAGACUUGGCCAAACAAGAAGAUGAAUUUGUUGAUCUAGGUGACUUGUGACUUAAUGUUUUUUUUUUUUUUGUCAGUUGCUCAAAAACUGUGGAGAAGGAGAACACCGAAAACUGUCACGGACAUCAUACAUUUUGGUUCUAGGCACUUAAAAUGGAUCAUAGUGUGGCCUAAUACAUUAGCAAAGGGUUUUUGUGGUUUCAGCUAGGUCAUCACUAGCCUAGCGGCCAGGAAAAUGGAUGGUUCUUUGUUUACUGUGGCUAAUGAAAAACUA